UGGACGGCCCGUCCGAGGGCUGCGGGAGGGCGGCUGCGAUCCAACGGGUAGAGUCGGAACACUCACCUGGAACGUUUACACCAAGCGUGAGAACUGCUUGUUUUCCGGUUUAAACUGUGGAAGGACCAGGCCCCGCGAGCCUGGGCGUGUUGGGCGGCUCCUCGGCCCGAGCCGUGUGCGGUUUGCUGCGUGUUUGUCGUGUGUUUGUUGCUCUUGUUUCCAGGCCGCUCGCACCUGGGACUGAGUGUGGGGCAUGGGCCCCCCACAUUCCUCGUCCCACGAGGGCCCGGCGGAGCUGUGACGCUCCUCUGGCGACGGCUCCCGCGUGGGGACACAUCGGCCCUUGAGCCCUGCUCACAGCCCAGGCAGACGUGGUGUCGGGGACGCGGGACGUUUUCUCUCUGUAGCCGCUAAGUCGCCGUGUGCUGCUGCAGCAGACGCAGUGUCAGGGCCGCCGCGGAGGCCGCUCCCCGCCUUGGCUGCCCGCCCUGCUGGCACUGGGCGCAGCCGGACCGAGUCAGCUCCCGCCCUGUCCUGAGUGGUGGGUCGGGUGGCCGGGCGGGCGGGGCGCGGAGGGCGUGGCCCCCUCGGAGGCGUGGGCGGGGCUGGUGGUGGGACUGCGCCUCGAGGCCGCUGGUCUCUUGCAAGGGUCGGACGCCUCUUCCCCUCCCGCUGAAAACAGCCGAAAAGGCUGGAGAACACGCGUGUCAGAAUUCUUCCUGAACUUCUCGAAAGAUGACGGGGAGAAGUGGAGUGUGGAGAGGGGACCCCACGGCCCGGGCCCCCCUCGGAGAGGCCCUGUGGGGACGGGGCGGGCCAGGGUGCACGGCUGGGCACAGGGUGGCGGUGGGUGUCACGUUAGCUGUGUCAGCUAUGCCCAGUGACAGCCGUGCAGUCCCACGGCCCCAGCAGGCCCUUGUUUCGUGGUGGUUUUCGUAAAGCUCAAUGAAUUGAUUCCAAACAACUGAGGAGAGUCGAGACGUUCUCGCCAAAGCCGCGUGACGUGGAGAAAGCUGCUCAGACACACCCGGACGCGCGGAGGCCGUGCCGGUGGCUGGUGGGGACAGGUGGGCUCUGCGGCUCACGGUGCGGUAGUCAGACCCCGACUUCCUGCCACUUCCAGACGCUGAUGCUGGGUGGACACAGAACGGCAAGGCGGAGGCAAAGCCGCAGAGCCGUCGGGAAAUGACGCAGGAGGCAGGACUCCCGGUCCCGGGGCAGGGCAGGGCUUUCUCAGAUCGGCCGGAAGCGCUAGCUGUGGAGGACCGCCGCGUGGCCCGUGGAGUUCCGCGAGGUGCGUUUCCCACGUGGACACGACAUGCACGGCGCCGGCUUCCCCGUUCACCCUCGCCGCGCGGGCGCCGCUGCGUCUGCCGCAGGUCCCCUUCCUCCUCCCAGAGACCGAGCUCGGCGAGUGGCUCAUGCAGGUCUGGGCAGGAGCAGCCCUGUGGGGACGGUGCCCUCGUCACUCGCUCUGGAGCGCCAACCUGGCGGGGUGUGGACCCGUGUCCAGAGUCCAGGCCUGGGUUUCUUCUCGACAUCCCGCACCUGCCGGGAGCGUCAGUUGCGGGCUGGGGCCGCGGUCUGGGGACACUGCUGCCACGCUCUUCCUUCCGUUGGCGCUUUGGGAAAAUGCUGAGGUUUCUGGAUCUGUCUCUGUGUCCUGAAAUCCUAAAGGCCUCCUGUCACUCCUGCUGGCCGGGGACACGGCCCCAGCACCCGCUGCCUUUCCUGGGCUGCUGCUCGCACUGCGGUGGCAAUUCUGCCUGGAAGGUCUCGGGCCCCCGACGGUUCUGCCUGGAAGGUCUCGGGCCCCCGACGGUUCUGCCUGGAAGGUCUCGGGCCCCCGACGGUUCUGCCUGGAAGGUCUCGGGCCCCCGACGGUUCUGCCUGGAAGGUCUCGGGCCCCCGACGGUUCUGCCUGGAAGGUCUCGGGCCCCCGACGGUUCUGCCUGGAAGGUCUCGGGCCCGACGGUUCUGCCUGGAAGGUCUCGGGCCCCUGACGGUUCUGCCUGGAAGGUCUCGGGCCCGAUGGGGCCUCCUCUGCCGCUGGUGCCUCCCAAACACCUCCCGUUCGGGGACUCUGUCCGCUUGACAGACACACUUUCUUGUUUUCAGAUGCUGCUAUUUUGGUUUCUUCCAUCCUUGUCCUGGUUUUGUUUUUGUGGGGGAGACACACCCACUGUCCUCUGGAAACCAGAGAUCCAUUUUAAAAAACAUUUAAACGCCCAGCCGUCACCGGCACAGCCCUGGCGUGGCCUCCGCUGCCAGACCUCGGCGAGGCGGGUGGGCAAGGCUGGAGCGCCGGCAGUGACCGGAGAGAGCCCAGGCCCUCCUCGCCGGGCCAACCGGGGGCGCAGGGGAGGGGCACAGCCCCCCGUGCCCACCUGCCCACCUUCCGCGCAGGCAGCCCAGAGCCAGAGCCGGCUGCACCCGCCCCUGCGGCCCUCCCAGCCCCUCUGCGCUGGCCAGAGCGGUGCCCGAGCCCGACCGCGGGCGCCCUUCGCCCCCCACCCCCAGUGGCUCUCUGGCCCCUCGGUGCCUGCCGGGCCCAGCGCCAUCGUCGGGGCGUCGUGCAGCCGGGAGGGGGGGCCACAGAGGGGCAGGAAAGGACCCCUGGGACCCCCCGCAGCAGGCGUGGGCAGGCGGCCACCUGGCCUGGUACAGCUCCCUGUGGUGGCCGCCGUGCCCGGACUGGCCCGUCUGCUCUCUGGCUGCUGGAGGGGCCAGCGGGGCCUCGCCCAGGGUGCCCCUUCCCUCAAUGGGGUGGCAGAAGGUGAGCAGAGGUGGAGGGAGCCACGGUGGGUGGGCUCCGUGGAACAGGCCGCCUAA